CCACACACAAAGUACUUCGCGGAGUUGGAGCCGUUCGAAACGAUCGUUUACUGUGGACCUGCUCAUUUUUGAUAGGCAAGCACGUGUUGGAAGGCGAAGAGUGAUUGAUUGGAUCGUUUGUAAAAGUGAAAUAAUACCGACAAAAUCAUGAAGUCGUGCGUAUUGACUUUAGUUGCGGUUACCUUAUGUUUUCAGUGCGCUCAAUGUGAUUCAGAGGAAGAUUUUCGCGUGUUGAGUAAACAAGUGACCGCUCUCUUGGAUAAACGGAAAGAGGAUGUUAAGAUAAUAGAGGAACACAUAAAAAGAGCGAUUUUUGAUAUGCCGGAGAUCGUGGAAAUGAGAAACGAGAUUAAGAAGCUUAGAACUACGUUAAAACAUACUACCUCAACUCAACCAAAGAUGGAUAAGAUGGAAAAGAACGACAUUCUAACCAUAAAAUGGCUUUAUAAUGCCGUAGAGCAAUUAAAGACUGAAGUAUUGGAAGUCCAGGAAUCUUUAAACUCUUCCAAGAUUCUCGAAAACCACGAGAAGGCCGAAACGAAACUAACUCUGCUCCAGAGCGACAUGGCUAACUUAAACGCUGAACUGGAAACGGCAAAAAUACGAAACGCAAAAUAUGAAGCAGAUACGGAAAUACUUAAGGAAGAAUUGAGAAUGGCUAGGGAGAAGAGUAGAAAUACUGCUGAGAUGUGUGGGAAAUUAAAGAACCAAUUAAAAACAGCUGAGAUGGAAUGGAAUCAAAACUGGAAAAUACUUAACGAGAAAUCUCCAUCAUUAGAAAACGAAAUCAGCGCACACCCAUCCAGACACCAAAGAAUAUUAAAGCAACAUAUCGUCCGUCUAGAAAAAACUACAAAAACCCUCAACAAGGAGAACUACUCCCUCAAAUCUCGGAUAAUUAAGAUGGACGAAGAUAUAAAAGCUUUACAAAAGUCGCUCAAGUGGCGAGAAAACUUGGAAACAAUCCAAGCUAAAAAAGAGAAAUCUGUCGAAUAUGAAAGUUUAUCGGAGAAAAUUAUAAACAUCACCGAAACGCAAAUAUCUAACUCGAACUCUAUAACCAACUUAACACAACAGUUGGCCAACUUCGAUAAGCUACAUUUAUCCAUGUUAGAACUUUUGGAAAACGUCGAGACCAUCGAAAACAAGGUAGAUAAAACUCUGCCGGAGUUCCGAAAAGAAAUAUCCAAGUUGGAAGUGCAACUCUCCGAAACUUCAUCAGCCGUAUCGCUCGUGCGGGAAGAUCAAAAAAAUUCGAUUGACUCUAUGAAGGCGAUUGGAUUUUCUGUUUCGAAUAUGCAAGAUAAAACAACGGAGGAUCACGAACAACUUAAAAAAGUCCAGGAAGUUGUAACGAAUUUGGUUAAAUCGCAUGCGGUUCAAACGUCCAAACUUCAUGACCAUAUUCUCAAGGAAGAAUCAAGUUCUAUAAAUGUAAAUGCUACCAAGGCGACUAUCCAUUUAGUCCAAGAACUAAGAUCUUUCGAAAGCGAAUAUAAAAACAUUGUCAACAAAUUACCCAGAGAUUGUGGCAGUGUCGAUGGUCCACCUGGGAUUUACCUAAUUUCCCCGGGAGAAGUUGAACCAAUUUUAGCCCACUGCGAAGACGGUUGGACAACUAUCCAAAAACGCUAUGAUGGCACUGUUAACUUUAAUAGAAAUUGGAAUGAAUACUCUACCGGAUUUGGAUCUGCCACUGGCGAACACUGGCUGGGCAAUAGAAACAUCCAUGACCUCACCAAGAUGAACUGUAGCCAACUACAAAUUAACAUGAAGGACAUCUACAACCAACACUGGCAAGCCAACUAUCAAAACUUUAGAGUAGCUGAUUUUUCUGCUGGUUUUAAACUAUUUAUAGAUCACUACAGCGGUAACGCCAGCGACGCCUUCAACUAUCAAAACUUGAUGGAAUUCUCAACCAUUGACAACGACAGAGACAUUUCUAACACUCACUGUGCCAGCAACUACGAAGGCGGUUGGUGGUUUUCGCACUGUCAACAUGCCAACUUAAACGGAAGGUAUAAUUUGGGAUUAACGUGGUUUGACAGCAGCAGGAAUGAGUGGAUAGCUGUCGAAGCUAGCGAAAUGAGGAUUAAAAAACAAGAUGUGUGCUAAAGUAUGUUAUCGGAAAAAUAAUAUAUUCUUAAAAGCAAAAAUAUACAAAAAGUUAACUUCAUGUAAGAAAGCACAUCAAGUAUCAAAGAUGUAAUUGAUGUGAGACAUCCUUUUUUAUGGUAUUUAUACUAGAUUUUUAGAGGUAUAGAACUUUAAAACCAAAUGAGGCGCAAAUACAAGUCAACAGCAAUAUCUGAAACUGCCAAGGUCAGACGAAUGGAAAACUGUGGAUAUGCGACGUUGUCAGAUCAAUCGGGUUUCAAAGGUUUUUCGGUUUUUUUAUUUGUUACCUAUCUCACAGUAAAAUUUCCUUCUGCUUACUCCUGCGUAAAUUUUAAAACAUUGUGUAUAAUUUCACGGGAUUGUGCAUGUAGUAUCCUAUUUUUCAUGUAUUCUAAAUAAACAACUGUUAGGCGAUUUUAUCUGGCAAUGUCGCAAAACCGUUGAUUUCGUACACAAUGCAUUUUAAAUGGAUGUUUAUUCUUUGCACCAAAUCUGCAUUGUUUCUGGUAUAUGGUCAUCGUGAUUGGGUCAAAUAUUCGAGAUAUCCAACUUUCUACAACUUUGAGCAUCAUCUAGGCUCAUAUAUCUGCGAUAAUGCGGCAAAUGGCGGCAGGUGGCAUUCAAGUCGCCAAUCAUAUUUGGUUUAUCUGCGCCGACUAACGUUUUCACACAACCUUCAACACAAUAGAAAAUAGGCUUGGCAGUGAAAUUAAAGAUCCAAAACGUGCUCUUAAAUAUUUCCUUGAAUAAAACAAUUGUGAGCCCUUGUUCGUCGUUCUAGAGUCAUCACUAUUAAAAGUAAUGUUAUAUUUAGUUGGCAUCGUUUUUAAACAUUUUCUUAUGAAAAUAUUAUUUAACGGCAACCUCGUUUGGCCACGUCGGUCGGCUGAACCUAUACAGCAAAUUCUUACGCUUCUUAAAUUUUAGCCCAACUUAUUCUUCUUCUUCUUUUUGUGUAGACAUGAGUCUGUCUAUUUUUCAAUGUGCCUACAGUAAGUUGUCACUUCAUCGUUUUCGUGGUCUUCCCACUUAUCGUCUUCCUAUUGGGGAACCGUCUCUCGCCGUCCUUACUUCUCUAUGUUGUCAUUCGGCUUAUGAGGUCGUUCCAUUCUACUCUUGUGAUUUUUAUCCAGUUAUUAAUGUUGUCCACCUUGCAUCUCCGUCGUAUAUCUGCAGUUCUAGCUCUAUCCUAUAGUGUCUUACCAUCGAUUUUUCGAAGUGUUUUCAUCUCUGCUGUUUGUAGCAUCAUUCUUUUUGUCCUUUCUAUAUAAGCUCGUGUUUCUGCCGCGUAUGUCAUUAUUGGUCUGAUGACUAUGUUGUAAAUUCUGCCUUUCAUUUCUUUUCCGAUAUUUUUAUUUCUCCAUAUAGUUUAAUUUAGGCAAUCUGCGGCUCUGUUUGCUUUAUUCACUUGAUCUUCCACUUCUGUUUCGAGAUUUCCGUAGCUAGAUAGUGUGAUGGCUAGAUAUUUAAACUCCAUGACUUGUUCUGUUAUAUGCCCUCCAGCUCCAAUUUACAUCUUAUUAGAUUUGCUGUUUUAACUAUGCAUUUAGUCUUUUUUGGGGAAAUAAACAGUUAAAUUUUCUAGCGGUUAUAUUAAAUUAAUGCAGCAUACGUUGUAAAUCAUCUUCACUUUGACAGAUUAGUAUUGCGUCGUCUGCAUAGCAGAUUAUUUCAAGUUGGUUUUCUCCCAUUUGAUAUCCCUUUUUCAGGUUGAAAGAGAUCAUAUCAGGUAUAACAAUAAGGGACUCAGGAAGUCUCAUCCCAUUGCCAGCUUCAAUUGGGUCAGUUAGUUCUUCAUCUACUUUUACUUUUAUUGUGUUGUUCUGGGAGAUAUUCUCGAUCGUUUCCCUUGCCUUUCUUGCGUACAAUAAAUGGAUAACGUCCUUUAAUUUGACCCUGUCAAAUGCCUUUUUAAGGUCCACAAAAUAUAGGUGUGUCGUUUUGUUGUAUUCUAAUGAUUUCUCUUGAACCUGCCUCAUUAUAAAUAAAACGUCGGUGCAUGAUCUUCCCAACCUAAAACCUUGAUGUCCUUCUGCUAAUCUUAUAAUUUUAUUCAGUUUGUUUGUUAUCACUUUGGUCAUUAAUUUUAUUGUUGUGUUUAGUAAAUUAAUUAGUUUAUAAUUCUCCGGAUCCCAUUUUUCUCCUUUUUUGAAGAGAGGUAUUAGGAUGCUUGAUCUCCAUUCUUGUGGUAUUCUGUUUUGUUCUAUUAUUUUUCGGAUUAAUUUUAAUAGUUGUUUUGGUCAGAUCUUGUCCUCCGUACUUUUCAGUACGAAGUAGUUUCGGUACGAGUGGAGUUCAUUCGAUAUUCUGUCGUCUCCUGGUGAUUUUCUAUUUUUUAAUUUCCUUAAUGCUUCCUUUACCUCUGCUUCUUUAUUCUUUAUUUCUUCGUUUGUUGUCACUUCAGGUGUUGGUCGUUCGUUAUCGUUACUUUUAGUAAAUAGAGAUCGAAAAUAGUCUACCCAAGUUACCUUCUGAAUGUGUUUCGUUUUUAUUAGUUCGUUCAUCUUUCUUCUUUGUCAUCUGAUUAUUCUUCAUAUUUCCUUUUGUGUUCCGUAGAAGUUGUGUUCCAUCUGUUUUGAGAAACUGAGAAACAAGUAUUCGUUUCAUUUCUGAUUCGUUUGUAGUGGUUGUAUGUCUGUUGUGUUUGUUUUGUUCUGUAUUAUAUUGUAUGCUCAAAAGCUUAUAAUUCGGCUAACCCAGAUCUUUUAUUCAUUAUGAAAUGGCAAAGCAAACUAAACGUAACGUAUAAAUCACGUAACAGAUGUCAAAACUGUUAUCACUGAAAACAGUAUUGUCAACUUAAAGUUAUAUAUCUCUAAAAAAACAUAACGUCGCCUCAAAGCAACAGUAGGAUAUGUACAUAUCCUACUGUUGCACUAGUGCACCGAUCAACCAGUUAAGUCAUAUGGGACCGAUGCGAUGUGUAUGGUUUGUACGCAUAUACGGUGCACUCGUGCAACAGUAGGAUAUUAUGUACAUAUCCUACUGUUGCUUUGAGGCGACGAUAAUAUAUUAUACCUAAAGGUGAAUAUCUCUACAACUGUAAACAUGGCUAUACAAACUGUAUACAGGGUAGCGAAAAGUAUGGAAACACGGUAAUUUCUCUGAAACUGAUGAAUAUAAUAUAUUUAUGAAAUUCUACGAUCAUGAAUGAGAUGAUAGUCUGCAUUUUCUAGAGAACAUUUCAAAUUUAUGUGACCUCAGCGUUUAGCGUAUCACCGCCAUCUUGAUUUUUUAAAUGGCAACCUAGGUCAAGUGAUAUAUUAUAGAAAAGCUUAUUUUUCCUCUUUUCAGUAACACCAAAAAAUACCAUAUUACAUAAUAUGAAAAACUCUGUGACAUUGCAAUUUUAUUAAUUUAUUUUUAUUUUUCACUAUUCUUGGUACGCCACUGAUAGAUAGAUAAUCUAAAACAAAAACCAGUAGUAGGCACUGGAAAAAUGUCCAAAACCAUUUUGUAUACAAUAAAAUGUCAAGUUUAAAAUUAGUCUUACUUUUUUGAUAUCUGCAAUACCAAAAAAGUAGGCACUAUAUUACUAACGUACCUAAUACACGAUAUUCCAUAAUUUUGACAUUAUUCUUAAAUUACUUUUAAACACUGCAGAUAUCAAAUACAAGUAGGACUAAUUUAAAACUGGACAUCUUAUUGUAUACAAAAUGGUUUUUGACAUUUUUUCAGUGCCUACUACUGGUUUUAGUUUUAGAUUAUUUACCUAUCAGUGGCAUACCAAGAAUAGUGAAAAAUAAAAAUGGAUUAAUAAAAUAAUUGCAAUGUAAUAGAGUUUUUCAUAAGUAAUAUGGUACUUUUUUGGUAUUGCUGAAAAGAGAAAAAAAUAAGCUUUUGCGUGAUAUAUCAUUUGACCUAAGUUGCACUUUUAAAAAAAACCAGAUGGCGGCGAUACGCUAAACGGUGACGUCACAUAAAUUUGAAAUGUUUUUUAAAAUAUGCUGAAUAUAAUCUCAUUUAUGAUCCUAGAAUUUCAUAAAUAUAUGUAUAUUCAUUAGUUUCAAAGAAAUUACCGUGUUUCUAUAGUUUUUCGCUACCCUGCAUAUAAGAGCAUACAAAAUAUACAGUUUGAAAACAUGUUCAUUGUUCUUGAUAAAGAUGUGGUAUCAAAAUCUUUAUGGAUAUAAUCUUUAAAUUUUGUUGGACUGUGUGAUAAAGUGUUGGACUGACUAACGAUAGAACACCACCUAUACAAAUUCUAUACAUACAUACAUGUACAAAAAGUAUCCCAUCUAUAAAAAGCUCUAGAUCUAUUAGAAAGCAUUUUCCAUUAAGAUAACAUCAGUUUUCUUUUUCGUAGAAAUUUUUUAACUUGUAUAUUUUCAUACAAAUUAAACCAUACACAUAUGAACACCAUAAUACUAAGGGUCCAUAUUCUAGCAAGAAGUCUAAAAAAUUUUAAACUUUGGGUGUAAAAUUCUGCUUGAAGAUAAAAUGAAAUUUGUCAAACAACAGUAGUCUCCCAUAGUGGUCGUACAUACUGUAUAUUAUAAGCACUUAAUAAAGCGUAAAGCUAACUGUCCACUUGAGAUAAAAUCUCGAGAUCACUUGCGGUCUCGUCAUCGGCAUGGGAGACUCGCUGGUGACUUGAGUCUCGAGAUUAAGUCCGUGUCAACUAGUCAAUACACCGCCCACUGUGUGACUCCUGCGUAUACAAAUUUUCAUUCUUCAAAAUGGAUUCGCGUCAGGCACUAACUUUUAUAAUUGCGUAUACAAUUGUACAAAAACGAAAAAAAAAAUGUAAAAAAAAAGAAGUGUUGGAUGAGAAAAUGGGUGGAUAAUCGAAUUCACUUUGGGGCCGGUAAGCUCUCGUAAAUUAGUUGCGGUUGGAGGAUGCAAAGCAAUUCAAAAAUUUUAUUCGAGUGUCUGCUGUGCAGUUUGCACUGCUUUUAGAUUUAGUAAAACACCAGAUUUAGGUACGAGGAUAUAAAUUUAAAUUGUGUAACUUCCUUUGAAUUUCGUUUGCAUCCUAAUUAGUAAAUUUUAUUGAUUAUUUUUUGAUGAUUUUAACUUCCAAUCGUAUAGUAAGAUAUUUGAUCACGUGUUUAAUUCUGUCCAAUCAGAUUAAAAUUAUACUGAGAAUUAUCUACUGUUGAAAAUUACCGAUAUAAUUUUUUUAAGUAGAUUGUUUCUGUUUAAUGGCAACCAGUUUCCUAGUUUUGACAACUGUCACAUUUAAGAAAAUAUCCAUAAUAUACGUAUUAAAAAAUAAUCUUACGAAUAUCACACGACAGUAAGAAUAAAUAAGAAAAUAAUGCUUCAUGUUUACUCAAAUUUGUUGUCAUUGGGCAAUAGCCACUCAGCCCUGCGGGCUCUCGUGUCUAUUGCGAGACAACAAAUUUUCGAAAAACUGUCGCAUUAUUUUCAAUUUAUUCUCACUCUCUUGUGAUAUUAUACACGAUAAUUUUUGAUAAUUUCCCGUCGUCAAGUAUAUUACGUCAGAUGCCCUUCGUUGCUACGAAAAAAUACAUUCAGUGACAUUAAUGACAAUUAAUGUUUUAAAAAUUAUAAAAGUGAUGACUUUCAACCGUCAAAUUAAUAUUUAUAACAACUGUGUGUUUAAUUGUACUAAUUUGUACUUACAUAAAUAAAUUACAAUAAAAUUUUGGUUUUGAACAGAUUUAUUCAUGAAAUAAUCGCAACAAAUUGCACUCGAACUCUAAAAUUAAUAUAGAAUUUUAGAGCUCUUGUGCAAUUACUACUGAAAAUUCCUCAUACAAACUCAUUUUUUUCGCGAUGCCUGUAUAAUUCGUGGUUAACAUUUCAUAAGAAUUCUUUUUAUUUGUAAAGAAAAUUCAAUUUCAAGAUUUUAUCAUCGGUCCAAUGUCGUGCACUCAUUUUUUUAGCAAGCCAUUAUUUACUUAGUCACCAACCUGAGACUAGCCUCAGCUCUUCUGGCAUAGACAGAAGACUGGAGAUUAGAUCUCGAGAUCAUAAAUAAGCAUGUCCACUUUGUGACAAGCACAGUCUCGGCGACAAGUCACAGCUUGUUUAGGAGAGUUCUCUCAGACCCAUAUACAUUUGUGAGUGCAGUUUCGAGAUUAUUUUGUCUCAAAUGGGCACUUAGCUUUAGACAAAUUAACUUUCACUUUUGUAUGUAACAUUAUUGUAGUUUACCAGAAUACGCCAGUACAGAGCCAAAGAACGAACUAGUUAAAUGUUGUUAAUUAUGUUAGAAUUAAGUAAGACUUGUAAAUAAUAAUGAUAAGACGUAUUGCCAUACUAGGUAUGUAAAGUAUGUUGUACUGUUUUGUAAAUAUCUGUUUCUAUUUAUUACUUAAUCUUAGUUAAUAAUGUAUAAAUACACCAAUGACUAUUUUAAUACUACCUUAAUAAAAGUAUUUUAGACAG